AUGAAGAGGUCAUGUAGCUCAAGAUAUUAUAUCUUUUGGCUGAUCAAUCUAUUCCUGUUGGUUUUGACAGUAAGGUCCCAACUGACAACAGACUUCUAUAAGUCAUCUUGUCCUAACCUUUACAAAAUAGUAAGGAGAGAGGUUCAAAAAGCUCUAAUAAAUGAGAUGCGAAUGGGUGCUUCUUUGAUUCGUCUUCACUUUCAUGAUUGCUUUGUCAACGGUUGUGAUGCAUCAAUACUAUUAGAUGGUGGUGACAAUGGUGAAAAGUCUGCUCUUCCUAACGUGAACUCCGUUAGGGGAUUUGAUGUUGUAGAUACAAUCAAAAGCUCCGUGGAGAGUGCAUGUAGCGGGGUUGUCUCUUGUGCUGAUAUAUUAGCCAUAGCUGCCAGAGAUUCUGUUUUCCUAAGUGGUGGUCCUUCAUGGAAUGUUCUGCUAGGACGAAGAGAUGGAACAAUCUCAAACGGAACACUGGCAAAUCUGGUGCUUCCUUCUCCUUUUGAUCCACUUGAUACUAUCAUUUCAAAGUUUACUGUUGCAGGCCUCAAUCUCACAGACGUUGUUUCUUUAUCAGGUGCUCAUACUAUUGGACGAGCAAGGUGUGCAUUGUUUAGCAAUAGAUUGUUCAACUUCUCUGGAACAGGUUCACCAGACAGUACAUUAGACACUAGCAUGCUCACUGACCUGCAAAAUUUGUGUCCUCAAAAUGGAGAUGGAAACACAACUGCUGUUCUUGAUAGGAACUCAUCGGAUCUAUUUGACAACCACUACUUCAAAAACUUGCUCAAUGGGAAGGGCCUUCUUAGUUCUGACCAGAUUUUAUUUCCUAGUGAUGAGGCUAAUUCCACUACUAAACCUUUGGUCCAAAGCUAUAGCAACAAUACUGGACUUUUCUUUGCAGACUUUGCCAAUUCUAUGAUCAGGAUGGGGAAUAUAAAUCCAAAGACUGGAUCUGAUGGAGAGAUUAGGAAGAACUGCAGAUUGAUAAAUUCAUAG